UCAUGUUUCAGUGACAGCACAGACGAAGAGAAACGAAGAGAGAAUAAAGAGAGAGGGGAAUAGGAAACAGGGAAGCGAUGCAGACGUCGUCAUCUCGCCGUGAAACCAGAUUGGAAAACCGCCAUGGUCUCAAGAACAGCGUUGGAUGCAUGUCUGGUAUAUUCCAUCUGCUCUACAGCCACCACCACAACCGUUCACGCAAACGCUUGCCGUCAGCUCUAAAGACGGAGCAGACCGUCAUAUCUUUGCCGUUAUCGGGGAAACGACCACCUACGGUGCCGCAAGCAAAUGAAGGAAAAAAGAGGGAGUCGAGCCGUCCCAUCACGCCGGAGACCACCGUUAUCGUCUCGGAGCUCCGGCGGCACUCGUGCGAGGUGCCGCGAAGUCCAACACUGCCGCCGGAGAUCCGGCUUUCGAUCUCUGCUGCGUCUCCCGACAGCCCGCUUAGGCCACCGGCGCUGGUGGCGCGGCUGAUGGGACUGGAGGAUGUUCCAGUGAGCUCGCUGGAGUCGGCGGCGGAGAAGCGGCGGAAGCUGCUCGGCGCGCUGGAGAAAUGCGACGAAGAUUUAAAUGCAUUGAAGCAGAUCAUCGAGACCGUUCGAUUUGCAGAGGUGCGGGUAAAGGCAUUGGCAGACGUUGGAUCGGGGCAACCCAUCAAAGCCGGCGCGGCGAAGGGUCUGGCGGGAAGGCAAUAUUUGGAAGGCGGAGAUUCCAGGAUAGCGGAGGAGGCGAAAUGCUCCGACAUCAACGGCGAGCAGCCAAGCCCCGUCUUGGUUCUCGACGCGAUAUCAUCUCCUCGGUAUCGGUCGAAGAGUUCCAGUAACGGAAAACAAUGUGGGUCCUUGAUUGCAGCCGUUGGAUCAAAGAUCGUGAAGCCUUCGCGUACGAGCGUCUUCUUUUUAGGAGAUCGUCGACAAUACAAAAAGCUGGAGGUUCUCGAUAAGAGCUGCUCCUUUUUCUAUCGGAUUGCCAUUAAAGGGCUGCCGCGGUUAUCCGAGUGGAAGGAAGACAAGGCUGUGGAGGAUUCUAGGAUAGCGAGAAGAAGACUAGAGGGUGGCCGGUGGCGGUGGUGGCAGAAGAUAACCCAGGCAAUGGUGGAUAGCGUGGGUGAGGUGUGGGAGGAUGGUGUAUGGGAGGAGAGAUGUGAGCUGGGAAGAGUUGGCGUGGGGUUAGAGGGUGACAUCUUUGGCGAUUUGGUGGAGGAGGUUGCGAUGGACCUGUUGGGUUGUUAUUAUGACGUCUCACUGCCAUUUGGGACAUGUAAGAAGAGCCUCUGCUUCUAGUUAAAUACCUCUAAAAAUACCAUGUGGGCUUAGGAUCGGUGACAUUAAAUGUUGGCUAAAGUAGCCCUGUGUAUGGAUGGCUUCUUUACGAAAUUAUAAAUAAUGAGAGUGGUUUGGAAACGGAGAGUAUUCUGCGUAUCCACUAAU